GAGUAAGCUAGCGGUGGUGGUGACAGGGGUAGACAUUAAUGAAACACCAUGGCAGACAGGACACAGAUACAAGAAGCGAUUAAAAACCAAGGUGAAGUCGUUCGGAAAUUAAAAGCGGAGAAGGCAAGCAAAGAACAGUGCUAGGGUUGCUCACCCCUUUUCUCCUGUUCUUCCUGCUUGACCCUGGAUCACCACAAAAACCUUGGGCUGCCUUACUCAUCAUCACCAUCAUCUACGCCAACGGGAUUUGAAUCGUUCUGGCCAUUCCUCGGCAACUCAACUCCUGGUUCUGCCGCUCCUGUUUUCAUUGGAUGCCAUGGCUUCGCCCUGGGCAAUAUCAUUGGACAAUACUACACUGAUGCACUCCUGAACUUUUUGUUGACCAAUAUUUGGACCUAAUUUUUUUGCCUUUUUAUUUUUAUGGUCUGUCCUGGGAUGAACAUGCUGGGCAUGUUUUCCUUUCGUGUAUGUGCUGGUUUGGUUGGUUGUCGGAUUGGAAUAUGUGUCCGAUCUCUGCGUUCCUGCCCUGGGAUUACUGUGGCUCAGAUUGAUGAAGAGGUAGCCAAACUGCUGGAGCUAAAGGCUCAGUUGGGAGGAGAUGAUGGCAAACACCAGUUUGUUCUCAAGACAGCAAAGGGAACAAGGGACUACAACCCCAAGCAGAUGGCCAUCAGAGAGAAGGUUUUCAACACCAUCAUCAGCUGCUUCAAACGCCAUGGAGCUGAAACCAUCGACACACCCGUUUUUGAAUUGAAGGAAACGUUGACAGGGAAAUACGGUGAAGACUCCAAGCUCAUCUACGACCUCAAGGACCAAGGAGGAGAGCUGCUGUCUCUCAGAUAUGACCUCACUGUACCCUUUGCACGCUACCUAGCAAUGAACAAGAUAACCAACAUCAAGCGCUACCACAUUGCCAAGGUCUACCGCCGUGAUAACCCAGCCAUGACCCGCGGCCGCUACCGGGAGUUUUACCAAUGUGAUUUUGACAUCGCAGGACAGUACGACCCCAUGAUUCCUGAUGCUGAGUGCCUGAAAAUUGUCCAUGAAAUCCUGAGUGAGCUGGACCUUGGAGAGUUUCGCAUCAAGGUCAAUGACAGACGAAUCCUGGAUGGGAUGUUUGCCGUCUGUGGUGUUCCAGCUGAUAAGUUCCGCACAAUCUGUUCAACAGUGGACAAACUGGACAAGAUGUCCUGGGAGGAUGUGAAGAAUGAGAUGGUCAAUGAGAAAGGCUUGUCGGAAGAGGCUGCUGACCACAUUGGGGAGUACGUCAGUUUGCAGGGUGGAAUGGACCUAGCAGAGCGCCUCCUUCAGGACCAGAAGUUGUCUCAGAGCAAGGAGGCCUGCGCUGGCCUCUCUGACAUGAAGCUGCUCUUCAGCUAUCUGCAGAUCUUCCAGGUCACAGACAAGGUUGUCUUUGACCUCAGUCUUGCCCGCGGGCUGGACUACUACACCGGUAUCAUUUAUGAAGCAGUGCUGACCCAGGUGGGAGUGGUCCCGGCCCCUGUCUCCACUGAAGCGCAGAACGGGGCUGCAGAGGAGACUGUUAGUGUAGGCAGUGUGGCCGGUGGAGGGCGCUACGAUGGCCUUGUGGGCAUGUUCGACCCCAAGAGUAGGAAGGUUCCCUGUGUUGGGGUUAGUAUUGGAAUUGAGAGGGUCUUCUCCAUCAUGGAGCAGAAGGCAGAGGCUUCAGCGGAGAAGGUUCGUACCACAGAGGUCCAGGUCAUGGUGGCGUCAGCCCAAAAGAACUUACUGGAAGAGAGGCUCAAGCUCACUACUGAGCUUUGGAAUGCUGGAAUUAAGGCAGAGGUGAUGUAUAAGAAGAACCCUAAGCUGCUGAGUCAGCUGCAGCACUGUGAGGACUCAGGGAUUCCCCUGGUGGCCAUACUGGGAGAACAGGAGCUGAAAGAUGGAGUGGUCAAACUCCGCACUGUGGCCACCAGAGAAGAGGUUGAUGUUUCAAGAGCUGCUCUUAUAGAGGAGAUCAAGAGGAGGACCUCAGAGAUCUAGCCAUUCCCAUCCGUCCAGCAACAGCCCUCACUGCAUCUCCCACAGAAAACCACAGCAGCACCUUGUACAGAGUUCCUUAACUAGUCAUCAACAGAGCAUGUUCCACAUCACUGCAAACCCAUGGAACGCACACUUCACAUCUCAUUUCAGACUCCUAUGUUAUAUGGAGUGGGUGGCAUUUAUUGGUGUUAUACCCCUCCAGGUUUCCAGGAGAACAAGCAGCUAACAGCAGUGAAGCUGACUGGCAUUGUAUCAACAUGUAAUGUACUACAUUCAAGGAAUAACACACAGCCAAGGCAAUGCAAUUUAAAUGAAAUGUAAAAUCAUUUAGAAUGUCAAAUGUCUAACAUUGCUUUUAGCUUGAAACAAGUUGUGCUCUGAGGAACAUAUCCUAAAGGUAUCCUAAAACACAGUCUAAGUGUGCCCCACUCCAUAAAGCUCUUGGAGAUCAGUUGAGUCUUGUUUGCUGUUAAUUAAAAUCAUUAAUUGCAAAACCGAUCUCAGAGCAGCAUCCCUACCAGCUCUUUCUGUGCAGGACCCAGCAGGAGGAACUCUGUUACAUUUGUUUUCUACAUGAACUCAUCAGAUGGUAAUGGUGGAAUUACUCCCUACAGUUUCAAGUCUGAGCUCCUUUUCUCCUCUAAGACAAAAGCCUGUUUUGUUCAGUGUCAAAAAUAAACGGAUUCAAAUGA